AUGGUGCCGCUGGUGGUGGGGGCGGUGUUGGAGAACGCCUCCCUCCAUCACUGCUCCAUCAUCCUCGUUACUGAUGGUUUACCAUCAUACACCACACUCUACCAGGCGGAGUGGGUGACGGUGCCGGCGGGAGUGGGCGUGAUGGUGGUGACCUCCCCCGCCCAGGACGACCUCACCUCACUCACCAAGGCUCUCUCCCACGCUCGUGAGCUGCGGGUGUUGGCGAGGUGCGUGGUGGUCGUGGUGGCGAGCGACGACCCGGCCUUCCUGGUCGCCUUCGCCCAGUCGUCUGACAGAGGCCGCCUGCUGGUGUGGUCGACCAGACUGUUGGUGGUGACGAGGGCGCCUCUCCACGAGGUCAUGCGUCUCCUGCGCCAGUACUGGACCUUCUCCAUGAUGAACACCAUGUUCCUGACCCCAGGAGUCCCAGCGUCUGGUCACAGAUGGGACACCUACACACACCUGCCAUACAGCCAGCUGGGGCCGCAGGUGGUCCACGUAGCCACCUGGACACCUGCUAGGGGACUGGUGCUCCUGUCUCAACACCACCUGUUUCCACAGAAGUUCAAAAAGUGA